CGCAGGAGAAUCGGUGGCAUGUUCUUGUCGACGCCUGUGCUCUCGGGCCCAAGGACAUGGACUGCUUCGGGCUGUCUCUGUUCCGACCGGAUUUUGUUGUGUGUUCGUUCUACAAGGUUUUUGGGGACAACCCAUCUGGGUUCGGCUGUCUUCUUGUAAAGAAAUCUGUAGUUCCAAUCCUGGAGGAGGGCGAUUCUUCAAGCUCCUCGGGUGUGGGAAUUGUGAGUCUUGUUCCAGCUGAGCCAUCAACAAGUUCAUUUUCUGGUCGAAUUUCAGAAGUGGAGGCAGAGGAGAGCAAAUGCAGGGGAUUGGAUCAGGUGGAUUCGUUGGGGCUGGUUCUGAUCUCCACAAGAGCCAGAUGCCUAAUAAACUGGCUGGUCAGCUCACUGAUGAAGCUGAAACAUCCCAACACAGAGGAAGGGGUCAAUUUGGUGAAAAUCUAUGGGCCAAAGGUGAGAUUUGACAGAGGCCCAGCAUUGGCCUUCAAUGUUUUUGACUGGAAAGGGGAGAAAGUGGAGCCAGUUCUUGUGCAGAAGCUUGCAGACAGAAGCAACAUCUCUCUCACAUAUGGGUUUUUGCACAACAUUUGGUUCUCAGAGAAGUAUGCAGAGGAGAAGGGGAGGGUUCUUGAGAGGAGGCACAGCUGUGGAGGUGGUGAUGAUGAUGAUGAUGAUGGAGGGAAGAAGAAGAAGAAGAAGAAGAAGAAGAAUAAGAGUAAGGGGAGGGGCAAUUUGGGGAUUAGUGUGGUGACUGCUGCUCUUGGGUUUUUGACCAACUUUGAAGAUGCUUACAAGCUUUGGGCCUUUGUUGCUCAGUUUUUGGAUGCAGAUUUUGUGGAGAAGGAGCGCUGGAGAUACACUGCUCUUAAUCAGAGAACCAUUGUUGAAGUGCUUUAGUAAGUUGCAAAACAAGUCAUAAAUUCUUGGAACCUUCACACAAAUUAAGCCACUAAUGACAUAUAUAUAUAUAUAUAUAUAUAUAUAUGAAUUCAUACAUGCCAAGCCAAUAAAAUAUUCGUAAUGGUAUGAUAUUUUUCGCUUUAGAGAUAGGAGUUUUCGUAGUAAUUGGUCUUUAAUCUCUUAAACGUUUCGAUUUCAUC